UACUAUACACAGGUUAUCAUCGGGGUCGAUAGGUCAAAAGGUUCUUCCUGUAUAUUUAUAAACAACGAAAGCCUGAGGAACAGCUGAGUUGUGGUCCAGCGAUGGAUGUACGUAUACUGUGCUUACUCUUAUUGUUAAACAAUGGGCUUUGUUCGUCCUUUGAAUUGUCGAAGGAAUUUGACGUUAAGCCACUCAUCCGUGAUUUUAGAGACAAAAAUACGUACAUCAGAGCUCGCAAUGAAAUGAUAUUUGCUGAGAGCAAUAUGAGAAUCGGUCACGACAUUGUGCUGAAUAACCAAGAACAAAAAGUAAACCAAAAACUUAUGAAAUACAAGCAACUGGAGAUAAACGAAUCGAGAGUUCAGAAUGGUAAACCCUUUCCUCCUAGUGUUAGUUUCCUGACUGGCAAGCCACUGGUGGAGAAAAGUCAAGUCUUUCAGAUGAUAAAAUUAAUGCCCAAAGGGGCUGCGCUUCAUCUUCAUGACUGUUCCAUGGUGGAUUUGAAAUGGCUGGUCAAGAACGCCACAUACAGAGAUCAUUGCUUUAUGUGCACAACUGUCAAACACGCUGUGUAUUUCAAGUUCUUUGGGGGCACGCCCCCUGAUAAUCCAGAUUGCCCAUGGAAAUCUGUGAAGACAGAGCGACAAAAGGCACGCAGUAUAGAUGAAUUUGAUAACAUGUUGUAUAUGAACAUGUCCUUGAUUACACCGGACCCUGUGAAAGCUUAUCCGACCAUUGAUGUUGUUUGGGCACGUUUCCUACAAGUCCUGAACCAAGCGAACGGUCUUAUCAACUACACACCAGUGUUCACAGACUAUUUCUACGAAGCCCUGAGCGAAUUUAACUUGGACAAUGUCCAGUAUCUUGAAUUCCGAGGACUCCUGCCACAGGUUUAUGAGCUGGACGGCACCACUCGGAACAGGGAUUGGGUGAUGAAAACCUAUAAUGACAUUUUCGAGAAAUUUGUAGCUGAUCAUAAAAAUGAAUUUACUGGUGGAAAAGUAAUAUACUCAGGAAUAAGGGUUGUACCAGAAAUAGACGUUCUGAAUCAGGUUAAGGAGGCUGUGCGCUUCCGGCAGAUGUAUCCCUCUCACUUCGCUGGCUAUGAUUUGGUUGGACAGGAGGACCCCGGUGUCCCCCUCAUUAGCUAUGUAGACGCUCUUCUGUACCCAUCAGAACACAUUCCACCAAUCGAUCUUCCGUACUUUUUCCAUGCCGGCGAAACAGACUGGGAAGGAACUCCAACAGACCGGAAUCUGAUAGAUGCUGUAUUACUCAACACAAGCAGAAUUGGACAUGGGUACGCACUGACAAAGCACCCACAGGUCAUGAAAGUUGUGAAGGAACGGGGAAUUGCCAUAGAAGUAAACCCUAUCUCCAACCAGGUACUGGCCCUUGUAAGCGACCUAAGAAAUCAUCCAGCAGCCGAUCUCGUGGCAACAGAUUUCCCUGUCGUCAUCAGCGCAGAUGACCCGUCAGUGUGGGGCGCGCGGGGUCUGUCCUAUGACUUUUACAUGGCGUUCAUGGCACUCGCAGGCGAGACAACUGAUUUACGACUCUUGAAAAAGUUGUCCAUGAAUUCAAUUCAAUACAGUGCCAUGAACCCAGUAGAGAAAGGUAAAGCCAUGAAUUUGUGGCGCCAAAAAUGGAAUGCGUUUAUACAGCAGGCGUUACAUCAGCUCAACCAGUCAGGGGAGAUCAGUGUGUUUGGUUAAUUACAUCAGCUCCACCAGUCAAGGGAGAUCAGUGUGUUUAGUUAAUCCACUUGUCAUCAGACGUUUGUGAAACCCUUGGUUUUGUUUUCUUUUUUUUUUUUAAUUUAACGUUUUGUUAUUAUGAAAUUCAUGCUGAUUUAAGGUAUGUAUUUUGUUAAUAGUUUAUAUUGAAGACCUUUAGAUUACUGUAGAUAGUGCAGGUAACUUCUACACGAUUUUAUCAUUAAUCAUUACGGAAUUUUCUAUAACAUUUGGGUCUUUUCUAAUAAUGUAACAUUGUUGUGAAACAUUUAACGAAAUAAGAAACUUUUUUAUUUAUUUUUAACUAAUAUAGAUUGUACAUUGGUAUUUAUGCAAAUUCUACUUGGGCAAAGGCCACGUUACAGAUAUAUAUAUAUAUAAUAAUAAAAAUGUGCCAUAAAAGCUCAGACACACAAAUUUAAAUGUAACCCCCCCCCCAAAAAAAACCCCAAGCAGCACUACUGCAAUAAAAGCCAUUCAAUCAUUCAUUUCCUGCAUGUCAAAUGAGUGUUCCUUUUGUGUUUUAACUAAAGACGUGUGUCUCAGUUGGGGGUGUGGGUGCUUAAAAAGCUAAGACACACCCCUUUAAGUGUAAAACACAAGACAGAACAAACAGCACUACAACGCUAAAAGCCAUUCAAUCAGUUUUUUCUUGUAUGGGUGCUGGUUUGUUCUGUGUUUUAUUAAAGGAUGUGCCUCAACAUUUUAGCAGCCCUUUGCUGGGGUUGCACGCAUGUGUGUGGAUGGAUGACUUAUUCAGUUUCAAGUGCUUGCCUGAGACCGAUACAAUGUAUGUACAAUGAAUCCAUUGCAUUGCAUUUUCCCAGGUUUAGUUGCAGUUGAUACAUGUAUAUAAGUACACAAUAUUUUUUUUAUUUAAGAAUGAUGUAUAUAUACACAAAAAAAAUGUAUAUUUAAAAAACUCAAAAUGAACCGGAAGUCCUUUUAUCCACCUAUUGUAUUUAUAUAAAGUACAUUCCAUUUAUUCCAACAUCUGAUUUUAAACAAUUAGUAUUAUGGCUAUAUAUAUAUAUAUAUAUAUAUAUAUAUAUAUAUAUAUAUAUUUUUUUUUUUUUUUUUUUUUUUUAAUUUAUUCGCUAGUUUUGUCUCAUACUCUGUCUUAUGUACUGUUUGUGCAGCGAUAUACUAAUAUAUUUCAUUGUUUUUAAAAACAUGACACAUUUUAUGUAGUAUUUUUUGCAACGUAUGAAUAAGUUUUUGCAUUUUAUAUUUCAUUAUUUUUAAAAGAGAAAAACAUGUUCCAGAUUUUGAAUUGUGAUUUAAGUACGUUAAUGUUGUGUGAAGAUGUUAUUAUUCGUAUGGGUGCGUAUAUAUAUUUUAUACAUAUAACUUUAUGUAUGUGGUUGUCUUUGUACUCUUUAGGUUUUUACAGGUACAUGUAAUAGUCUAUCUGAUUAGAACUGCAUUUUAAUGUGUACACGUCAGUGGAAAAAGUCUCUGACGUUGCACGUGCUCUCAUUUAAAAAUAAACUGAUAUUACGUCACCAAAAUAUGCAUGUUUCCAAUAAAACAUUGUUUUAUGUUUAUACAUGUAUAUAAAACUGUUUGAGACUUUAAUAAGUAUGUUAGUGGUUAUCGUACAGUAUACAUGAUGUACUUUAUUAUCGGCCACCACGAGGCGGGCGAUUAUACAUGUACAAUCUAAUUCCAAUCUUUACGGCGCGGAUCUAAGAAGUCUGAUUUUAAUCAGAUUGGGUGAUUAUAAUAUUUUUGGUUUUGUAAAGACGACCGUAACUUACUGCGGGCCUACAUUAUAAAAUAAUAAACUUAAUCAUAUUCAUGAAAA